UUCCGUUUUUUAAGCAUGCCAAACUUCAAACAACGUCUCUCUUCUGAGCUCUUUGAUGACCUUGUUGGUUUCAGAUCAAGUGCAACAUAUCUUGCCUCCAUGGAACUCCUCUCCACAAAGGGCAAAUUCUUCCCUAACUACAAGUGUGAUGUCCAGGACAAUCUUAUAGCAAUCAUUGGGGGACCUAAUUGUGACGUUGAUCUCAACAUGGCAAUUAUGCUGUGGAACUACAAGAUUCCACAGCUCCCGUAUGGUUCUGCUCUUGUAGUAGAUCGCAGAUAUCAAGGAGUUUUCUUUCACCAGAUGUUCCCAGAUGUUGACCAUCAAUAUAAAGGGAUGCUCCAGUUACUUCUUCAUUUCAGGUGGACGUGGAUUGGGGUGCUUCAUCUGGAUGAUGACACUGGAGAGAGGUUUUCCCAGAUUGUGCUUCCCAUGUUUUCCCAGAGUGGCAUCUGCUUUGACUUCAUAGAAAAAUUCCCACAACUCUCUUUUUCCGAUGAUGUUUUUCAAAUGGCAGAAAAUGGAAUUGAAAGAUCAAAGAUGAUCAUGAAUAGCACUGCUAGUGCCUUGAUUGCACAUGGUGAAAUUCAGACCAUGAUUGUUCUGAGAAUGUUGCUAUUCACCCCAACGUUUAUGGGCAUGCCACUUAAGACAAAAGUCUGGAUUAUGACAGCCCAGAUGGACUUCACAUCUCUUUCCUUUCAGAGUAAUUGGGACAUAGAUUCUCUCCAUGGUGCUCUAUCAUUUGCAGUAAGUUCAAAGGAGUUGCAGACAUUCCACUCAUUUCUUCAUGCAAUAAAUCCUACCUUGGAGAAGGAAUAUGACUUUAUCAGAGUCUUCUGGGAACGUGCAUUUAGCUGUUUAUUUCCAGGCCCUUUGGUAGACAACACGGGUGGGAAACUCUGUACUGGAAGGGAAAAGCUGGAGACUCUCCCUGCAUCAGUCUUUGAAAUGAGCAUGACCAGCCACAGUUACAGUGUCUACAAUGCUAUCUAUGCUGUGGCGCAUGCUCUGCAUGCCAUUUAUUCGUUCGAAUCCAAGCACAAAGGAAGGGCCAAUAAGGGAAGGUGGACAUUUUCAUAUCAACAGAGAUGGCAGCUGCACCAUUAUCUGAGAAGUGUUUCCUUUAACAAUACUGCUGGGGAAACCAUUUCCUUCGAUGAAAACGGGUCAUUAGCAGCUGGAUUUGAUAUUAUCAACUGGGUCACAUUCCCCAACCAAUCCUUUCUCAGAGUGAGAGUUGGAAGCGUAGACCCACAGGCACACAAGGAAGAAGCGCUCACUAUUUAUGAAGAUAUCAUUGUAUGGCCAGAUAAAUUCAACCAGACGCCACCUCUUUCUGCGUGUAAUGACAAUUGCCAUUUGGGGUCCAGUAAGGCAAAGAAGGAAGGGGCACCAUUCUGCUGCUAUGAUUGCCUUCCAUGCCCAGAAGGAAAGAUCUCAAACAAAACAGACAUGGAUGACUGCAUUCAAUGUCAAGAAGAUCAAUAUCCAAACCGUGGCCAGGAUUUAUGCAUUCCAAAAUAUUUAAGUUUCUUGUCUUAUGACGAACCUUUGGGGACCAGUUUGGCCAUUUUUGCUCUUUCCUUCUCUUUCCUCACAGCUCUGGUGCUUGGAGUCUUCAUUAAGCACCAAGACACUCCCAUCGUCAAAGCCAACAACCGGAGCCUCACCUACGGUCUCCUCAUCUCCCUCCUGCUCUGCUUCCUUUGUGUAUUCCUAUUCAUUGGUCAGCCUGAGAAGAUAUCGUGCCUCUUUCAGCAACCUGCGUUUGGCAUUAUCUUCUCAAUGGCAGUUUCUUGUGUGUUGGCCAAAACCAUCACUGUGAUCAUGGCUUUCACGGCCACCAAGCCUGGGUCCAGGAUGAGGAAGUGGAUAGGGAACAGACUGGCCUUUUCCAUUGUUCUCUUGUGCUCCCUUAUUCAAACCACUCUUUGCGCUGUGUGGCUGGCAACCUCUCCCCCAUUCUUGUAUUUUGACAUGCACUCAAUGACUGAAGAAAUUGUUCUGGAAUGUAAUGAGGGUUCAGUUAUUAUGUUUUACUGUGUCUUGGGCUUUAUGGGCUUCCUAGCCAUUGUCAGCUUCACGGUGGCUUUCCUAGCCAGGAAAUUACCUGACAGUUUUAAUGAAGCCAAGUUUAUCACCUUCAGCAUGCUUCUGUUUUGCAGUGUUUGGCUGUCCUUUGUUCCCACCUACCAGAGCACCAAGGGGAAAUACAUGGUAGCCGUGGAGAUCUUCUCCAUCUUAGCUUCCAGUGCGGGGUUACUGAUUUGUAUCUUUUUACCAAAAUGCUAUAUCAUUGUGGUUAGGCCUGAGUUGAACACUAGGGGACAGCUAAUUCAAAGAAUAAAUUAA